UGGUUAAGUACUUUCUAUACUUUGGAUCACCUUUUAAUCUUAAAACCGUUUAUUGAUAUUCUCUCUACUGCUAUAAAUAUAAAAAAUACCGAAUAUGAAACAAAAAAAGAUAGAAAACAAUUAAAAAAAAUUAAUUUACCUCCUAAGAAAUGGUCAGUUAUGAAAGAUAUCAUGCCUAUCCUAAAACAGUUCGCUAAAGCUAUAGAAAAGUUAGAAGAAAGUCAAUAUUUGACCAUGAGACCAAGACACACUUAUCUGGUAAAAAAGCAACAAAAAAAUUUUUGCAUUCUUUCUAAACUUGCAAGAAAAUAUUUUGCUAUUCAAGCAACAUCAGCUACUAGUGAAAAACUUUUUAGUGAUGCUGGAAAUAUUAUAACAAGUAAAAGAACAUCUCUAAAGCUGGAG